UACACAUCACAUAUCCCAGGAGCUAAGCUAAAGCUAGGCUAACUAGCUGCUACAAAGUGAUAUGUAGUCAACUUUACAGUCAGUCUCAAUGAAGGAGCUUCCACAGUGAUUGGGACAUGGAGAUAAGAAAUAUCAAGGACCAGUCUCCACUGGUCCAGGCUAUAUUCAGCCGAAACACAGAAGAAGUGACAUUUUUGUUAAACCACAAUGAAGAUGUCAAUUCACUGGACCAAGAACAAAGCACACCACUUCAUGCUGCUGCUUAUUUGGGCGAUGUCCACACUAUGGACCUACUUAUUACUUCAGGUGCAAAUGUCAACGCUAAGGACCAGGGUUUGCUGACUCCCUUACAUCGAGCAGCUGCCUCUCGAAAUCAAAACUCUGUGGAGCUGCUCCUAAAGCACAGAGCAGAGGUCAACGCAAAGGACAAAUACUGGCACACACCUUUACACAUGGCAGCUGCAAAGUGGGCCACAGGCUGCGCUGAAGCUCUUUUACCACAUGUGUGCAGCCUGGAUGUUGCCGACAAGUCGGGAAGGACGCCGCUGCAUCAUGCAGCACACAGCGGCCAUGAAGAGAUGGUGUACUUGCUCCUGAGCAAAGGUGCCAGUGUGAGUGCCAAAGACAAGAAGGAAAGGCAGGCAAUCCACUGGGCCGCAUACCUUGGACAUGUGGAGGUUGUGAAGCUGCUGGUGUCUCACAGUGCUGAUGUGAUGUGCAAGGACAAACGUGGUUACACUCCGCUCCAUGCUGCAGCCGCCAGUGGACAGUUAGACGUGGUCAAAUACCUGUUGAGACUGGCGGUGGAGGCUGAUGAGCCUAACAUUUGUGGGAACACAGCGCUCCACAUGGCCUGUCACACAGGGCAAGACGCUGUGGCCACUGAGCUGGUGAACAGUGGUGCCAACAUCAAUCAGCCCAACCACCUUGGCAGCACGCCGCUUCACAUGUCUGCCGCCUCCUCCAGCGGGGUGCUGUGUCUUGAGCUGCUAAUUAACAAUGGUGCUGACGUCAGCGUGCAGAAUAAAGAAGGGAAGAGCCCUCUGCAUAUGGCUGCCAUGCACGGCCGCUUCUCAGGCUCACAGAUUCUGAUCCAAAAUGGUGGGGAGAUUGACUCUGUCGAUAUAUUUGGAAACACUCCUCUUCACAUUGCUGCCAGAUACGGUCAGGAGCUGCUGAUCAGUACUCUGCUGACAAAUGGUGCUGAUAAGACCAGACAGGGGAUUCAUGGGAUGCUUCCACUGCAUUUUGCAGCGCUCUACGGAUUUCCAGACUGUUGUCGAAAGUUAAUAUCUAAUGGCCAGUUUUACGUGAUGCCGUCUAAAACGCCGUCAACUGGGGCUGAUAUAAACACCUUAGAUGAUUACGGGAGGACCUGCCUGCACGCAGCUGCCUCUGGAGGAAAUGUCGACUGCCUGAACUUGCUGUUGAAUAGUGCUGCUGCUGAUCUGGAUGCAAAAGAUCAUUUGGGAAGAUCUCCUUUGCACUAUGCUGCCGCUAACGGGAACAGCCAGUGCACCAUCGCCCUGGUGAGGGCAGGCGCUGAGGUCAACGAGCUAGAUCUGACGGGCUGCAGCCCUCUGCACUACGCUGCUGCGUCUCACACCUUUAGUGGAGGGGAAAUGAGCUCUGAGCCUGACAGUGAGGGAAAACAACAUGAAGCCUCUCUGUGUUUAGACUUCCUGCUUGACAAUGGGGCUGAUCCAACUCUGAAGAACAGUAAGGGUUACAGUGCCGUCCACUAUGCAGCAGCUUAUGGGAACAAACAGCACCUGGAACUGCUCCUGGAGAUUUCUUUCAACUGUCUUGAAGAGGUUGAAAGUAAUAUUCCAGUCAGUCCGUUGCACUUAGCUGCGUACUAUGGUCACUGUGAGGCGCUGCGUUUGCUUUGUGAGACAUUGGUGAGUCUGGAUGUGCGGGACAUUGACGGCAGAACUGCCCUCCACCUGGCUGCUCAGAGAGGUUUCGCCCCGUGUGUAGAGGUUCUGCUGAAACAUCAAGCCUCUUACACACUGAAAGAGCACAAGCAUAAGUGGACGGCUAUCCAUGCUGCAGCCGCUGAUGGCCAAAUGGACUGUCUGCUUUUAUUGGUCAACAGGGAACAAAGUGCCGACAUCAUCGACAGUCCAGAUACACAGGGACAGACGGCUCUCAUGCUGGCGGCUCUGGGAUGCCACACUGACUGUGUCCACAUCUUGUUGGAGAAAGGAGCGAAGGCUGAUGCUGCAGACAAAAAUGGCUUCACUGCAUUACACAGAGCUGCCGCGUUGGGCAGUGAGGACUGUGUAUCUGCUCUGUUGGAACAUGGAGCCUCUGCUCUGUGUAGAGACUUUAAGGGAAGGACCCCGCUGCACCUUGUAGCGUCCCGCGGCCACACAGAGCUACUUCAAACUUUGCUAAAGGCUGCUAUGAAAGCUGACCCUCUGGACUCCAUAUUGGACUACAGAGGCUACACGCCCACCCACUGGGCUGCCCACCAGGGGCGUGAAGGAUGUUUACACAUUUUACUUGAAAACAAACUCUUUAGCAACCAGGAGGGAAACCAGUUCACUGCAUUGCACUGUGCUCUAGUUAAUGGACAUGAUGUUGCUGCUGGACUAUUAGUGAAGACUGUUGGCCCUCAAAUUGUAAAAGUUUGCGAUGCCAAAGGAAGGACGCCACUGCAUGCGGCUGCUUAUUCAGGAAAUGUUGCUGGGCUCCAGCUGGUCCUGGCCCAGGGAGCGGACAUCAAUGCUGUGGACCAUUGUGGAUGCUCUGCUGUGAUGGUUGCUGCUGAAUGUGGACAGACUAUGGCUGUUGAGUUCUUGCUGCACAAAGCGAAGCCCGACCUGACCCUGGUGGAUGUCAAUAAUAACACUGCCCUUCACUUAGCCUGCAGCAAGGGUCAUGAGAUGUGUGCCCUGCUGAUCCUUGGAGAGAUCAGUGACUCCUCCCUCAUAAAUGCAACAAACAGCUCCCUCCAAAUGCCUCUUCACAUCGCAGCAAGGAAAGGCCUGGCAACUGUAGUGCAGGUGUUAUUGAGCAGAGGAGCAGCAGUCAUGGCUGUAGAUGAGGAAGGCCACACGCCAGCUCUGGCCUGUGCCCCAAACAAGAACGUGGCAGACUGUCUGGCCCUGAUCCUUUCCACCAUGAAGCCUUUUCCUCCCCGAGACGCCGGCCCUGGAACAGCCUCCCACUUCAACCCAAUCCUGAAGAACUGCGGCAUUGCUACCACCUGUGGAUCCAGCGGCAACCUGUGUCACGCCUAAGUCAAGGUGCUGCAGGAGGGCAUUGUGGGCCUGGGUGAAAUUUUUGUAGCCCAGUGUCGCCAUGCACAGCCAAACACAAGGAACAUGUGUUCAUACAUAGCUUCUUCUCUCUUGUGUCAUGACAUUUUUACAUGUCUGCAUGCACACUAAGUGCUCGUGCACCAGUAGCAUCAAUUGCUUCUCUCGAACUUAGUCUUACACAAUACUAAUAAUAGCAGACCUCUUAGAUUAUCUACCUGUCACAUGAGUUGAGUUUAGCACACAUAUUUGUUAUUUUAAUGAAGUAUUAACCAUUAAAAACGAAUGGAGGUUUUAAAAUGAGCACACUACACAAGCCUCUCCACUUGAAUCCCGUCCACUGUCAGUAUUGACGUAAUUUCCCGUUAACCACCAGAGCCUGAAAUCUCCACGUUUGUCUUCAGCUGAUACAAUUGCAAGACUAAUCGGAAGGCUGUGUGUUUACGUGUGUGUGUGUGUGUGUGUGUGUGUGUGUGUGUGUGUGUGUGUGUGUGUGUCUACAAGUGCUACGUUAGACACUGCUUCUUAAUAUACUUGUUUUGAAAUAUCUAACAGGUGCUUUAAACCUUAUAUGCAAUUAAUAAGACUGUAUUUUUCUAACCUGCCUGAAGUUCAGCUGACAUUACACUGAUAUAAAAUAACCUCAUUAGUCGAAUAUUAUCAUGACUUGCAUAAGUUACAUUUCAGUUUAGUAAAGUCACAAGCAUGUGUAUAGUAUUAGUUAUAUAGUUUACAGAGUCUAGUGUAUAUAUAGUUAUUGAAAUGAAGUUAACCUUUUACUUUUAUUAUCUUGAAAAUCCCAAAUUAUUGAGAAUUAACCUCAGGUCGCUCUGUACUGUACUGUGGGUGCAAUAAAAAGCACAUUUUAAGCAGGAUGUUGCGUAACAAACGUGUAACAGAAGUAACAGAAUUUCAGUGAAAUAAGCCAGAGAAUAAAACAAACAAAUGAAAGGGUAAAGAAAUACGCUAUGUGUUAAUAUUAAACAUUUUAAAGCACUAGAAAAAAAGGAAUCAUCAGUGUCUAAGCAUUAAAGUCUUCAACAAAUGUGUCAUUUCACUGUCUGCAACUAAAGAUUCCGUUAAUUGUUGAUUGUUUUUUUUUUUAAUUAAUGAUUACGUGCACAUUAUAAGUUGCGAGAGCCUAAUGCGACAUCUUUUAAUUGUUUGUAUUUUCUUAUCAGCAGUCUAAAACCCAAAGAUAUUUUAUUUACACAGAUAUCCGACUAAGAAAAAGAGCAAAUCCCUCACAUUUUAAAGGCUGUAACCAGAGAAUAACUGACAUCUUUUGCUAUGCACUAAAUGGUUAAAGGAUUUUUUGUGGAUCACCUUGUCCAUCAAUUGUGUCAGCGCCACAUUUGACCUUUGUUAUCGCUAUAAUGUGUGCAGUGAAAUUAAAUGUAAGAAACUGCUCACAUUUAACGCCACUAACAAUCUGCGAAACACUAGAAACUAAAAUAAUUGUUUUCUUUUAUUUAUUGUUUACUGGCCCAGUGGAAAAAUCUUCCGUCGUAAUUGUUGAGUAAUCAUUGACAUUCAAUAAAUCUGUUUUUAAGAGAUAUGUCACAUAUUUUACAAUUAAGAAAAUUUGCAGUGCCCACAGAACUAUUAUUUUUUUUAAAUGUUAUUCACUUGUUAAAGGAGCUCUGUACGACUUUCAGAGCCCUGUAGCCCUUAUUACACAGAGAUCGCACUAUAGGGUCACUACAAAGUCCCUUCUUUAUGCUUCCUUUGUAUUUUUACACAGAACCAAACAACAGCAGCAUCAUGCCGCUCUACUGUGUGAUUUUAGAUAGCAUGCCGGCAUCAUGGAAUCAGAAGAGGUGUGGCGACAUGACGUUUAACACAACAGCAUUGGCCUCUAGUGUGACACUCGACAUACGUGUCUGCAGCGCUUUAUAAAGCACAACAAUGGCAUUAACAUGGCAAUAACAAUCACUUAUUGUCCCUGUUUUGUGGCAUCUGCUCGGAGGAUAAGGAGCUCCCAGACCUCAUUAUUUUCUCAUAUUUGGCUGCUGUUCUUCUUCUUCAGUUAGCCAACUGCCAUCAGCUACUUUUAAAAUCUCCGGUGAUGAGUCGCACACAUAGCACGUCAUCAAAACAUCACACUGGGGUCCCCGUGAUCCUGUCAUGCCAGCUGUCCCAUUGUUACUACCUCCGGCAAGACACCUCUGCACCCCAUUCUGCAAUUGUACCUUUUUAUACAGAGCGGCGAGGUGGCACAACAGCAUGAAAUUCCCAUCUUGUUGAAGAGGCCGUGUAAAAGGGGCUCAUGAUUCAGAGUGCUGUCCUAAUAUCACCAUUAACCGACAUAUAAGCACAGUGCAGAGUGGCAGCAAUUCGCUCGCCAGUGGGGCACACUCAUAGGGACUCACAUGCACGCGCAGCCGGACCGUCUACCAUAACGUAGAACGGAGGAGCUUGGAUUACAACACACAGAGCGUUAGCAUGACUUCAUUUUCUGUUUUACUCCUCUCUAUCUUUGCAUUGCAAAUUAAGGUUUGCUGCCAUAUUAAUGCUCUGAAUAUCGCGUACAGAACCUUAAAAUAUAUUAGCACAACAUACCUGUACUGGUACAAAGAUGCCACUGCCUCUCUCUCUUUAAAGAUCAAGUUUUAUAAAUGGAGUUUUUCAUUAAAUGUUUAUCUUUUUUAUAUUUUGAAAAGCUGUAUACACACACAGACUUUGAUAUUUCUCCUUUUCCUAAUUGAUGGCUUUUACCCAAGUAAUACCCGCUGUGUUAUCUUAAAAAGGCUUUAAACGAUUUGCACUCUGACAUGAAAGUUUACAUUUUACAGUGAGGUGUCCUUCUUAGGUGUAUGCAAGUAUGAUAUGAAAAGGAAAGUGCAUUUUACAAAUUAAACUUAAAGAUAACAGAAACUAAUUCACUUUGAGCUUGUCCUUCCUUGUUUGAUUAGAAUGAAAUUACAGGGACAAAAUGGUUUGACAUUUCUAAACACCAGUUGCAGUGAAAUGUUUGUCUGUCUGUAGGAAGUGCUCUGUUAACAGCUUUUCAUGUGAACAAACUGUCCUCUGUGCAUUUUACCGAGAUUUCAGGGCUUAACUCCCAACUUGAAUACUCUGUGUGAUUUAGUUGUGGAUGGCAUUCAUAUGAGAGAUACAUAAUAAAUUACUACCACGAGAA